AGAGCAUUACUGAGUGUCGUGGGGACGAGUCUAGCUGCUGAUUGGUCAGUCGUGACGUCACUCCUUGACGGAGGCCAUUUUGAAAACCAGUAUCCAGAUAGAGAUCCGGACUGUUGCAGAUCUUUGUUGUAUCUUGAGUUGAGGACCUGAACCCAGUCAGGAUGCCGACACCCUACAGGCCUAUAGAGGAGUACUACCAACUUAGGCACACCAUCGGAUCAGGUGGUUUUGCCAAGGUGAAGUUGGCACAUCACAUCUUGACAGGAGAAAAAGUGGCUGUGAAGAUCAUGGAUAAGGCAGCACUGGGGCCGGACCUUCCCCGUGUGCAGAUUGAGAUAGAAGCCAUGAAGACCCUGACACACCAGCAUGUGUGUAAACUGUACCAGGUGUUAGAGACAGACACCAAGAUCUUCAUGGUACUGGAGUACUGUCCUGGAGGAGAACUGUUUGACUACAUUGUUGCCAAAGACAGACUGCCAGAGGAGGAGGCCAGGGUGUUCUUCAGACAGAUCGUGUCGGCUGUUGCCUAUAUCCACACUGAAGGGUAUGCACACAGGGACCUCAAACCGGAAAAUCUUCUCCUUGAUGAAACCCACAACUUGAAACUGAUAGAUUUCGGUCUAUGUGCCAAACCCAAGGGUGGGAUGGACCACCAGCUGAGCACGUGCUGCGGCAGCCCUGCGUACGCCGCGCCCGAACUCAUCCAGGGGGACGAGUACCUAGGGGCAGAGGCUGAUGUUUGGAGUAUGGGAGUGUUGCUGUAUGCCCUGAUGUGUGGCUUCCUGCCUUUUGAUGAUGAUAACGUGGGAGCUCUGUACAGGAAAAUCAGGAAAGGACAGUAUGAAGUCCCAGACUGGUUAUCCCCCCAAAGUGUGGACCUUAUCAAUGUCAUGCUGCAGGUUAAUCCCAAAUGCAGAAUUAAUGUGAAGGAGCUGCUGUGCCACCCUUGGUUGACAGAGGGCCUUGCUGAACCCAUCGACUUCAGGACCAAGUACAGUAAUAACCACAUAGAUGAGGACUGUAUCACAGAGAUGUCCAUCCACUUCAAAAAGUCCAAAAACACAAUGCUUGACAUCAUCAAAGAUUGGAAGUACGAUGACAUCACAGCCACCUACUUUCUCCUGUUGAACAAGAAGAGACGAGGCAAGCCGUGUCGGAUCCUGGUGCCUCCUGUCCUGUCCCCGAAACAUGCCCCAGAUACUCCACUGGCAGACAUCACAGAUAAAGUAUCUGGGAACAUGGCAGAUCUUCCAGACGACAUCUUUAACCUGAUGGGCCCAAGCACGCCCCUGAAGGACGGCAAGAAGAACAGCAACAAGGAGGACGACUUCAUCAUCGGGCGCCGAACACGCAAGGAGAGAGAACCCGAGGAAGACUCAGACAUCUCACCGCCUGAGGAGAAGAAAAAGAAGAAAGAUGACGACUACAUGUUUGUGAGACCGGACCCCAUGUACUCGUCUGGAAGGUACCGCAGGGGGGGUACCCCCGCUAAACAGGCCAAGGUGGCAACAGGGGUAGCCAAAAAUACAACCCCCCUGAAGAACAGGAGGAGGUCCAAGACUCCGCCCCCUAUUCCUGUGUGCAGGGCAACCCCGCCAAUCAAACUCAUGCAGCCAAUCAAACAGGAGGAUGGAGGUGCAGUCCCAAGAUCUGUUGAUGACAACUUGUGUGGCCUUGGUACCUUCAGUCCUGAGAGGAGAACUCCAUCUGUGGAUCGUCAUAUCGACAUGGCCAACCUGAUAGCGUCCUCGGAGAAGCGGCGUAUGCCUGGCUCUGCCAAGAAAGUGUUCGGCAGCAUUGAGAAGAGACUGGACAGGAUGAUCGGCCUGCUCACACCCAGCAAGAGGAAAGGUUCGGUGGCUGAGGAGCCCAGGCAACUCAAGACUGUGUUAGCUGAGGGCAUGGAAGGUACCCUGGACAAGAUGAAGGAACUGAAGGAGCUGGUGACUCCUGACAAGUGGAAGUUUUCCUCUACCUCCUCUGAGGAGGGACCCAGGAAACUCAGGAAAGGAGACUUGGACCUGCUGAGUGUGAAGAUCACGUCCAGUCUCAGUGCAGAACACAUCGUGACAGAACUCUCACAGGAGGCUCGCAAGAAGUACAUGCUGUGCAAGGAGAAGGGGUACAGUGUGAGGUGUAAGCGUGUGGAUGCUCGAGGGAAGCCCACACUGCUGUUUGACAUGGAGGUGUGUCAGAUGCCCAGUCCCCAGUCUAACCUGCUGGGGGUCCGCUGUAAGAGGGUGAAGGGAGACACCUUCGACUACAAGAAGGCCUGUGAGGAUGUGCUGAGAGGGGCUAAACUCUGAAGCUCAUGUCAGAAUACUAGAGAGCUGGAGUGAUGUGAUGUCUCCUGAUGCAUGCUGGGAGAAAAGCUGUCACAUGUACAUAGAGCGGAGGUGGUGGGUCAGCCAUAUCAUUCUGUAAUCACUGUCUGUACAGCAAUCAGGACUUGUACAAGUUAGAGGUGUUAGUUAUUAGAUUAAUUCUAACAUUAGCUAAGAGGAGAGAUCCAAUCUGGUCUUUAUAGGCACACUAAUAAGCAUGUAGCAGAAUUGGAAUCACUGCAAAAGAUAAUAGCUAAAGAUACAUUGUAAGCAUGUAUGUUACCAUAUAAAGUUUUAGUACUGCAUCUUCUGUUAUUCCCAGUUUGUAAACAAGAUAUGAACAGCACGUUGGCACAGGGCUUCUUUAAUCAAUUUUUCAGUUCACAGAUGAAGACAAUAUUUGUUAAGAAACUGAAGAACAUUGACGAAAAGUAACGUGUACAUUUGUAUGAUUUAAUUUUAGAUUAUGAAGGCUGUAUUGGUCAGUGAUUCAUAUAAGCUUGUUGUUUGAGGUUGUGGAUUCAGUCUAAUAAUAAUGUACUUGUGUAUGAAAACCCAUACAACUAAAGAACUGUGGUUGUGAGAUUUCUCGUUACUAAUAUUAAUGAAAAAAGCAAUAAUGAAUACAUACAUAUAAGCUGUAAAGUGUACGUGGAGACAAAUAGACGAAAAACAAUUCAGUACAUUCAAAUGGCCCCGUUGGAAGGAUUGUUUGAACUAACUACAGAAUCAAGCUUGUACAAUGUAAAUAAUGUCUACAUUACAAUAGAAUAACCUUCUGUCAGUCAUAUACCAUCAUCAUGUUAUUAUUGUCUUCUAACUGUUGGAUUUUUCCUGAAUGUUACACUGUUUUCCCUUUGUCUAGUUUUUGCUGUCGUAUGAUUACAUCUGUGAGACGCUUUU